AUGAAUGCAACACUGAACGCAAUUGAAAUAUUCGCCCGCCAGUUACAAGACCGUUCUCCUACAAGUCAAGCCACAGAGUCGUUGUUCAUGUUGUUGAUCAACUUUGUUUCCUUUGCUGGAAAUCUUCUGCUCGGAAUCGCUGUCAUCAGAAAUCCGAAUCUUCGCAGCACUGCUCCCAACAUGUACAUCAUAACUCUGGCUGUCUCAGACUUCCUGAUGUCUUUGCUAGGAAUUCCGUUUUCAGUCGCUUCUCUAAUCGUUGGAAAAUGGCCGCUCAGCAACUUUUUCUGUCAGCUUCAAGGUUUCUGGAUUCUUCUUAUGUGUGCCGUUUCGUUAGAAACUUUAGCUGUCACUGCCGUCAACAGAUAUGUUCGUGUCACCCGAUCCCGCGCGCUAUAUCAAAAACUCUUCAGCCUAAAGAAAACGAAGAUAACAAUCGCGAUUUUGUGGAUCCUGGCUUUGUUUGCGCCCCUUCCAUACAUCGUUUCUGGUCACGAGUUUUUCUUUCACGCUGGUAAAGUUUUCUGCGCGCACGAUUUAGAAAGUUUGAAUCAAGGAUAUGGGGCUUAUUUGGUUCUUGUUUACGUGGCUAUUCCACUAAUGAUCAUCGUUGUUUGUUACACAAAAGUAUUUAUAGCGGUGCGCAAACAUAACCUUCACUUUCAAAGCAGGCAACGAAGGAGGCAAAUGGACCUGCGAUCCGACAGUGGGCUAUCUGUCGAAGAAGUGAACAUUACAAACAUUCUCCUUGUGGUUGUAAUAGGUUUUCUAGCCUGCUGGACUCCCGUAUUGGUGAUUGAUAUAAUCGAUUUUAUAAACGCGGAUUGGAAACUAAAACGGCAAGUGUAUGUGAGUUACACUUGUUUUGGAUUUUCCAGCUCUUCGUUAAACCCCAUCAUAUACGGUAUCAUGAAUCGUUCAAUUCGAGCGGAGUACUUCAGAAUUUUUAAAACAUUGAAGAAUUUUGUUUUUAGACAAAAGAAGUAA